CGUUGAGAUUCUCUCAAGAUUCCCCUAAAACUUUGGACAGUAUAAAUGAAGAUCCGCCCACCAACCCAUCACAUUGCGCCCAGAAUCAUCCCUUGUCUCUUAUUUCAGACUCUUUUCUAUGCCCUCAUCAAUGGCGCUUCUGAAAACCCUUGGGAAGCGUCCGUUGCACUGUUACAGAAGUAGCUCAUCUCUUCUCACUUUAGAAAACUCUCUGAUCCCACUCCGUACCGUACCUCGCCGGGAGUAUGCCGCCUCUCCGGUUUGCGGUGAGAGAGGAUUAUUCCGACGGUUAUUCCAUCAGAGAGCUUCUGAGCAGUCUACGCCUGGAUUUCCGAAGAUCUUCCCGGUGCCUGUUGGCGAGAAGUUGAGAGAAGAAUUCCGAUGCAUUAACAUUACUGGAGAUCGCCUACAGUUAGAAGGAAUCACUCAACCUCAACCCCUAAUAACGGAUGCCACAGCCAGCGAAACGUUGGCUAAGGUUUCUGUCGAAGAUGCGAGGAAGCUAUUGAGAGUUUCUCUAAUCGAGAAGCUUAAAGCGAAGCUGAGAGAGAUUCCAAAGAAUUCAAUUUCUUAUCACGAGUUUCUUGAGAUCUGCCUCGAAGCAUGCGGAGAUGAAACUCAAGCUUUGGAACUCGCAGAAGUGCUGGAUCUAUCGGGAAACGUUGUCGUUUUAGGGAGCAUCGUUUUUCUCCGCCCCGAACAGUUGGCUAAAUCAAUGGAAACUGUGAUUUCUGAAUCGAUGGCCUUCCCGAAUGACCCAAGAAGAAAAGAGCUGGAAGAUAUGGAGAAACUAAAGGCUCAAAUAGACAAGAAGGCCAAGUCUCAAGUUCGUGGUGAGCUUUAUUGUGGGUUGGGGUUUCUAGCGGUUCAAACACUUGGGUUUAUGAGGCUUACGUUUUGGGAACUGAGUUGGGACGUCAUGGAACCCAUAUGCUUCUUCGUCACCUCCCUUCACUUUGCCUCAGCCUAUGGUUUUUUCCUAUCCACUUCAACUGAACCAUCCUUUGAAGGCUACUUUCAACGCCGUUUCAUAACCAAGCAAAAGAAACUCAUCAAGGCCCGCAACUUCGAUAUUCAAAAAUACAAUAAACUUCGCCAAGCCUUUUACCCCAACCUAACCAAUACCUUGCCGACAUUGUAGCGUUGCUCGACGACCUUCAAAACAUAAAGAGGAAG